AUGCGGCCAAAAGAGGCCAGCGUAUAUCAGCGCACCCUGCAGGCCUGUCGCACAUGUCGCCGAAGGAAGACAAAGUGUGAUGGCGCUCGGCCAAAGUGUCGUCACUGCUCAUCGCGCAAUAUCCCAUGCGAGUGGCCUGGUGGCGGUGCUGCAAUCAUCACGCAGCCAACUGUGCUCUCGCCAACACCAACGGCACCAGAUCUAACGCCAGGUCAAAGCGUAUUGCCUGAGACCUCGUCAUAUUCAUCGUCAUUAGGCCCUGAGGCGCUGUCCAGUAUCUUGCCAAGCCGAGAAGCCCUUCAGCGAUGUUUUGCUAUCUUUUACGAGAAGCACCUGGCCACCGACUUCUGUUCCUUUCUCUACAAACCCCAAUUCGAGGCUCAAGUGGCCAGCAACAAAUUUCUGGUAACGGCUAUUAUCUGUUUAUGUUCCAGAUAUCUCACAUACGAGGAAGCUCGUGUACACUACGGCCGGGCCUCUGCCCAGGAAGUUCAGACAUCUUUCACUAAUAUCUCAAAACGGCUUUCCCGUGAAGCUAUGGAUCAGCCUUCUGUGCCGAAUAUCCAAGGGAACCUUGUGCUCUCCUUGUCAGAAUUACUAGCUGACGCCGGGUCGGGCCAUUGGAUGUAUUCCGGAGUGGCCAUUCGAAUGGCUCAAAUGAUGCGCCUAAAUAAGGAAUACCACCAAAAGCACUCCGAGCAGGAGCGUGAAAUUAGGCGGCGAACAUUCUGGGCCUGUUUGCUACAGGAUAGGUUUCUUGCAUACUACUUAGCCAAGCCGCACACACUGGCAGUCAGAAGUAUUGCUGUCUGCCUUCCAAGUAACGAUAUCGCAUUAGCCUAUGGCGAGGUCACCCGAGGAAUGACGUUGAACAAUAUCUUGGAUCAAUUCAAUGUCAACCCGCUCUCGGACACUGGCAUUUUGCCGUACUUGCUGAAGACAUUAGAACUUUGGGGUGAGAUGGCCGACUGGUACGUCUACAAUGAAAGAAUUCGCGGUGACCUUUCUCCCAUCGAUCCUUUAAGUCGCUUCGCGCGACUUUCCGCUUCCCUUCAGAUCUGGGAAGACACAUUUUCACCACCGUUACGCUGGUCGGAUGCGAACUACCAAAUGCAUACAAAGCUUGACCAAGGCCGAGCUUUUGUUUCGCUACACUGCCUUUUACGAGGUGGCUGGUGUAUCAUGCACCAGGACUACCUGCCCCAAACAGAUGGCGACUCUAUCUUGCUUGACUUCACCGAUCCGGCGGGUUGGUCACUUCUUCACAGAGAACCCAGCCUGAUAAGCACAUGUCUUUCCAAUGCGCUCUCUGUCGGGGAAAUCGUGGCUUCGUACAUCGAGUCAGAUCACCAACCAUCCAUCUUUGUUGCCGUUGCGAUCCUCUCCGCUGCCAGCCCUCUUCUAUGGAUACAGUACAACCAGGACCCUCAAGAGUUCCACGCUGAAAAAGCGCGCGCAGGCGAUUACUUUGACAACUUUUUAUCCCUGUUUAUGUCUUGGCGGGAUGUAUGGAAUGUAGCCGGUGAAUGGACGAAGCAGCUCGAGAAGAUGCAAGAACUUUAUAGGUAUGCCUAUCUUGGGGAGGUGAAUUUUAGCAAUUCAACAGCUACGGAGUCUGCUACUUCUGCAGAGGAAGCAUCGAUUCCGGAAAGUGUGGCACAGACCUCGUCGCCAGAAUAUCGACCGAAACCGGGAGAUGGAAUUCCACAGGGUAGUGCGCCAUCUCUUUACAUGCUGCUGAGAAUGAAUAGAAUUACAAACCUUGAUUUGAGAGCGGAGUAUGAGUCGUCUAUCUGGUCUGCGUUGAUGAGAGAAUCAUAG